AUGGUUGGGUUUGAUAUCACUGACGAUACACGGAAAAAAGCGCUACUUCUACACUAUGGAGGUGAGGAACUACAGGACAUUUAUGACACGCUCAAGUCAGAUAGCAAUGACUAUGCUGCUGCCAAAAAGGCCCUCACUGACUACUUCGCGCCAAAGAAAAAUGUCGUCUAUGAGACCAUCAUAUUCAGACGCACCAAGCAAAAUACCACUGAGAACAUUGACCAGUACUGCACGAGGCUUCGUCAGCAGGCUGUGAAGUGUGAUUUCAGUGACAUCGAUCGCGAACUCAAAACGCAGAUCAUUGAAGGCUGCACCUCUAAGCACCUACGGCGCAAAUCUUUGGAAAAAGACAGAAACUUGACUGAACUGCUAGAACUAGCACGAUCACUGUCGUUGUCGGAGAGCAGAGCACAUGACGUAGAAGCAGAUGGCUCACAAACAGCCGUCAACAAAGUUGCCAAGCCCAAGCGCAACUUCAAAAAGCCUACCCGACACGACACCAAGCCCCCAAAGCGUACAUGUUUCUACUGCGGAGGAUCGUAUCCCCACAAGAACCAAUGUCCUGCCAAGGGUCACGAAUGCUCAAAGUGCGGUAAGCAAGACCACUUUGAGAAAGUCUGCAGAUCAGACAAGCAGCGUAAAAACACUCCGACUCGCGAACGACCGAGGCAGUACAAACCAGUCGCAAACGUCGAGGAUAGCUCAAGCGAGGAUGAAUACCUAUUCGGCAUCCACAAAGCAAGCUCAAACAAGCAGCCGAGAGUCGAUGUUCGAAUCUGCGGUUCUCGCAUCAAUGCCUUAAUCGACACUGGAGCCUCUGUCGACGUCAUGAGUCAGCGCACGUUCGACACACUAAAAAUCACACCGCCCCUCACAAAGCCAACACACACUCGCGUAUACGCGUACAACAGUGACAAGCCUCUACAGAUCACCGGAACAUUCGAAGCACUGGUGACGCACAAAGAAAACACAUCAUCAGCCACUUUCUUUGUCGUUGCUGGUAACUGUGACACUCUGCUGAAUUUCAAUACAGCGUUGGCCCUCAAAAUCGUCCACAUUUCGUACGCAGUACAACAUGAUGGCGAUAUCCUGUCGAAUUAUGCAGAUCGCUUCGAGGGAAUCGGCAAACUAAAGGACACAAAAUGCAAGCUCCAUAUCGACGAAACUGUAAGAUCAGUUACCCAACCACAUCGUCGAAUUCCAUUCCACGUGCGCAAACAAACAGAAAAGGAGCUACAGCGUCUCCUCGAUCUCGACAUCAUAGAACGCGUUGGUGACGAGCCAACCCCAUGGGUCUCACCGAUUCAAGUUGUCCCGAAACCCAAGAGUCCUGAUCAGAUCCGCAUUUGUGUGGACAUGCGUGCGGCGAACAAGGCAGUCCAACGCGAACGCCAUAUAACGCCUACAAUCGACGACAUCUCAAAAGUCAAUGGAGCCAAAGUCUUCUCAAAGCUAGACUUGAAUGCAGGAUACCACCAAAUUGAGCUCGCUGAGGAAUCGAGAUACAUAACAGUGUUCUCCACACACAUCGGACUAUUCCGGUACAAGAGACUCAAUUUUGGAGUCACCUCAGCCGCAGAGGUUUUUCAGAACCUCAUCCAAUCAUCACUGCACGGUCUUGAUGGUGUCAUAAACAUUAGUGAUGACAUACUCAUCUUCGCACGCUCACAAGACGAGAUGAACACCCGGCUCGAUGCAUGCCUGCAAAGGUUGAGAGAUCGCAACCUCACACUAACCAAAGCCAAGUGUGAAUUCAAUCGCGACAGCAUUGCUUUCUUCGGACACAUAUUCAGCGCAGAAGGCAUAUCACCAGACCCCCAGAAGGUCAAAGCAAUCCUCAGUGCUUCUGAUCCGCAAACCGUGAGUGAGGUACGCAGCUUACUUGGCCUCGCAACAUAUUGCAGCAGAUUCAUUCCCGAUCUCGCAACAAUAUCUGCUCCCCUUCGCGAUCUCACACGCGAAUCAACCGAAUGGAAGUGGACCAAAAAGCACCACAACGCGAUACGCGAAAUCAAGCAACGCCUUGCCACCAGCUGUUCUACAUCCUACUAUGACCCCGCCAAAGCAACACAGCUAAUCGUCGACGCAAGCCCUGUCGGUCUAGGGGCCAUUCUCGCACAGACUGACAAAACUGGAAACCAAUCCAUUGUCGGCCUGGCAAGCAGGUCACUCACACUGGUCGAGCAACGAUAUUCGCAGAUCGAACGCGAAGCACUCUCAGUCACAUGGGGAACUUUGCACUACCAUCUCUACCUAUAUGGUAAUAACUUUGAGGUUGUCACAGAUCACAAACCGCUUGUGACACUCUUCAACAACCCCAAUAGCAAGCCACCCAUGAGAAUUGAACGUUGGAUCCUGAAACUGCAAGAAUACAGGUUCCAAGUAGCAUAUCAGCCUGGUAAGCUGAACCCGGCUGACUACCUCUCCAGGCAUCCGCUUCCAACGACCAAGCCAGCAAGCCACGAAGAAAAAAUGGCAGAACAGCACGUCAGCUUCGUAACCAGCAACGCAGUCCCAAAGACUCUCACACUGAGUGAACUGAAAAGUGCAACUGAAACUGAUCACGCACUACAACUCUGCAUCGAAGCCCUGAGAACGAACAACUGGAAAGCACUCAUGAAGCAGGCAGUGGAUCCUGACACCAAAAGCACACUGCAAAGCAUGUACAAAAUACGCGACGAACUGACAGUAAUCCCGACAAAUGACCUGAUCCUGCGGCGAAACUGCAUCGUCAUCCCUGCUUCAGCCCAAGACCAUGUCAUCGAACUUGCUCACGAAGGACAUCAGGGCAUUGUAAAAACUAAACAAUUGCUCAGGGAAAAAAUAUGGUUCCCUGGCAUUGACAGGCUGGUUGAAGGCAAAAUCAGCCAGUGCAUUCCCUGCCAAGCAACAUCGUCCAGUACACUACGCGAGCCACUGCAAAUGUCUACCUUGCCAGCCGGACCAUGGCUUGAAGUCAGUGUGGAUUUCGCUGACUUACCUUCAGGCGAACACCUUCUUGUUGUAACAGACGAUUACAGCCGCUAUCCUGUGGUCGAAAUUGUAACUUCGACUUCCGUCAAGGCUGUCAUUCCGAAACUGGACGCCAUAUUUUCGCAAUUUGGCAUUCCACAAAUCGUCCGGUCCGACAACGGCCCACCGUUUAACAGUGGAGACUUCAAGAAAUUUGCAGCAUAUCUCGGGUUCAAGCAUCGCCGCAUAACACCCUUGUGGCCACGAGCAAACAAGAACUCCACAAAUUUCUACGCAAUUACCGCGCCACACCACACUCAACUACAGGCUCUCCACCCGCCGAGCUCCUGUUCGGACGCCCUUUUCGCACACGCAUCCCUCAGACAGACAUCACAACAGACAACGCUGACCGCGAAAUUCGCGAACGCGACAAGCGCAAGAAAUUCAACAUGA